UGCUCCUCACCUUCCCGCCUGUCUCUAAGUCUGUCAGUCCUGCUGCAGCCUCCCUGCUUUCCAGCCGUCUGUCUGACAUCUCUUUUCCUCUGGCCAACUGUCAGCCUCUGGCCUCUUCUCUGUCCAUCAGUCCUUUCCUCUGUGUCUCUGGCCCCCUUAUCCUCCUGUCCACUGGUCUGCUCUCUCCCCACUGCCAGGGAGCCAUGGCCCAGGGCCGUGGAGCCACCGUCAGCUUGGUUCUGCUGGGACUGGGGCUGGCCCUUGCCAUCAUAGUGCCCGUUGUGAUCUUCUCUCGCAACCACUCCUCCUGCGGUCCUCAGUCCUUUGCCCAGGCUGCUGUUGCUGCAGAUUCUAAGGUCUGCUCCGACAUUGGACGGGCAAUCCUGCAGCAGGGUGGCUCUCCCGUGGAUGCCACCAUUGCGGCACUGGUCUGCACCGGAGUUGUCAACCCUCAGAGCAUGGGCCUUGGGGGAGGCGUCAUCUUCACCAUCUACAAUGCCAGCACAGGGAAAGUGGAGAUCAUCAAUGCCCGAGAGACUGUGCCUGCCAGGCCCUACCCCCGGCUGCUGGAUCACUGUGAGAGGGCUCAGCCAUUGGGCAGAGGGGCCCGCUGGAUUGGGGUUCCUGGAGAGCUCCAGGGCUAUGCCGAGGCCCAUCGGCGCUACGGCCGCCUUCCCUGGACACAGCUGUUCCAACCCACCAUUGAGCUACUCCAAGGGGGCUUCCGGCUACCCCCUGUGCUCGGCCAAUUCCUGCACAACAGCCUGCUGCAGCCAUUCCUGCAAAAGUCUUCCCUGAGACAGCUCUUCUUCAAUGGCACGAACCCCCUCCAGCCCCAUGACCCCUUCCCGUGGCCCGCACUGGCCGCCACUCUGAAGACAGUGGCGAAGGAAGGUCCAAAAGCUUUCUACACUGGGAAGUUGGGCCAGAUGAUGCUGGAGGACAUUGCUGGGGAAGACACUCAGCUGACAAUGCAGGACCUGGUGUCCUUCCAGCCUGCGGUGGUGGAUGCCCUGGCAGUGCCCCUUGGGGACUAUAUAUUGUACUCCCCGCCACCGCCUGCAGGGGGCGCCAUUCUCAGCCUCAUCCUCAAAGUGCUCCAAGGCUUCAAUUUCUCUUCUGAAUCUGUGGCCAGUCUUGAUGGUCGUGUGGACCUAUACCACCGACUCGUGGAGACGCUCAAGUUUGCUGAGGGGCAGAAGGGGCGCCUUUGGGACCCUCAGAUCUUCCUGGACACCAAGAAGGCCUCUGAGAAUCUGCUGGGAGAGGCUCUGGCCCAGCACAUUCGAGAGAAGAUUGACAGCCGGGGCGACCAUCCGCGCAGUCACUACAGCCUGACCGGGUCAGGGGUUGCCCACACGGGCACAGCCCACGUAUCUGUGCUGGGCGAGGAUGGGAGCGCAGUGGCCGCCACCAGUACCAUCAACACACCCUUCGGGGCCAUGGUGUAUUCUCCGCGUACAGGCAUUCUUCUGAACAACCAGCUCCUGGAUCUGUGCUGGAAGCACUCACCGGAGGACUCCAACCCUGUGCCUGGUGAAAGGCCCCCGUCAUCUAUGGUCCCCUCCAUCCUCAUCAGUGCAGCCCGGGGAUCAAAGCUGGUGAUUGGUGGGGCUGGGGGCCACCUAAUCAUCCCUGCUGUGGCCCAGGCCAUCAUGAACAAGCUGUGGCUUGGCCUUGACUUGCAAGAGUCCAUCAAAACCCCCAUCCUCCACGUGGACAGUCAAGGUGCUGUGGACUAUGAGCCCAGCUUCAGCCAGGAGGUGCAGACUGGGCUCCGAGAGCGGGGACAGAAGCAGGCGCAGAAAGGGCUCUUCCUGAACGUGGUGCAGGCUGUGUCCCAGGAGGGCACCUGUGUGUAUGCAGCUUCGGACCCCCGAAAGGGCGGGGAGGCCUCAGGCUACUGAGACUCUGCCCCCUCCACCAGGCACAUCUCCAGCCUGGACCCUGACCUCCCCUCCGAGCUGCAGGCAGAGGGACCAGUCUGGGGGGGACACCUGUGGGGUCUGAGUUUUCUCCAGGGCCCCCUUGGUCUCCAGCUUCUUCAGGCCUCUUGCUCUACUCUGUACCCCAUCGUCCUGCUCUGGUCCCCAGCUGUUUGCCCCCCAAUUAAAGAGGAGGCUGGAGCCUGGUUUAGGGCCACAGUUAGGAGCAAACCCCCAGCGAGCACUUGCACGGAGUUGCCACAGUUUUCCACCAAGCAACUCAUCACUGCUAAAGCUCCUGCCUUUUGGGGGGAAGAUGGGCUGUGGCCUGAAGGCCAGCCUUGUUUCAAGACCCACCUGGGACUUUGUCUUCUGUCUCAGGGAAAGCCUCACUUCCAACAGCCCAUUCGUUUCUCCUC